AACCCAGCAGAGAAGUAACACAGUAGAGACGUCAACAGGGCGGGCCAAGAGCCAUCAGUUAACCAGAAGAAGAUCUGAUGGCGACAUUAAAAAAAGUUGUAGUCCAUGCUGCCUCUCAGCAGAAAGUUGUCACACGGAUUGUAUGGACGUUAAAAUGGUUGCAGCCAAAGACUACUAUCUAAGCAAACGACUAGAGGAUCUUACAGCCGAUAGGGAUUCAGCACUGCAAAACUUUCAAGACCUGCUUCAUGGCAUGCAGCAUCUGAGAGAAGCCUAUGAAGAAGAGAUAGCACGACAGAUGCAGCAAGACAGAAUCAAGUUUGAAAAAGAAAAUAUUUUUCAGGUGCACAGUGAAGAUGAUGAUCAGUUGUUUGGUACAAACUCCAAACUUGAAAUGGAAGUCAAGCAGUUAACAGCUCAAAAAGUUGCCUUGGAAGUCAAAAGUAAACAUUUGGAAUGUGAACGGGACGAACUGCGAAACCAGGUGGAAGAACUCUGCAGAAUGAAAACAGCAGCUGAGGAAAAAGCCGUACAGGUUGAUUUGAUUUUGAGUCUUAGGAAGCGCGAGAACAAAACGACAUCAGAGCGGAAAAGGAGUAAGAGUUUUGGUUUCAUGUCACCAUGCACCAUGCAAGAGAAGCCCAAUUGAUAGGUUGGACUAUGAGGGCACAAGCUGUGUGAAUCCCAGCCCCAUCACGCUUGGAUAGGAUCACAUCUGUUACAUCCUGUCAUGAAUGUUAAUUUAUUGUUUUUCAUGCAAAACUGUAAAUACAAUCCUCGUUGAUAAACAGUUAUGAUAAUUGGUAAAUAAUAUAUUAAACUAUAUCUAUU